CGGAAACACAACGUUUCGACCCCGAAAGAGCGGUGCACAUGGAAAAACACCGGGGACCCGAGUUGAUGAAUGAAUUAAAUUCAGAUGGAUUAUUGGAAUCAUAUUAAUCUCUAAAUUGGAUAUAAUAAGCGCUUUACUGAGCCUACCAUGCUGAGGUGGUGAGACUGGGUGGUCACAGUGAUAUGGUAAAGUGAAUGACGCAGGACACUGACAGUACUGGCUACAACAACAAGAAACAGCAGUGGUUUGUGAUGAGUGGCGACGGCACUGGUUUGGGGGCCCCUGGCCCGCUGGCAGGGUAUUGGGAAAAAAUCCAGGAACGCUCAGCUUUGUUGGAGACCUGUCCAUGGUGUGCUGCUAAAGGACAGUGUCUGGCCCUGCGCUCCUACAGGAUCAACUCCCAGGAGUUCAUCACUCUCUGCACUGACCCACAGUGCCUGUUUCCCUUGGUCUCUCGUCCUUUGGAGGAUGUCCUGGCCAGCCUGGUACCCCCUCUACACCAAACUCAGACAGGGAGCAAGAGGAAGAGCCCCUGCGGAUUGGAGAACGGAGACCCUGUACCUUCCCCCAAACGUGCACGAUCGGUGGAGUCCGAAGUGGCCGAGGACGCCGUAUCACAAAGUGGAGCUCUAUCAGUCAGCGGCAUCACCAACAAACUCAAUGGGGAAGAAGAGUGCUUUAAUGGGAAGAAGGAGAGAAUCCGCCAAUCAGAACACACCAACAUGGACGUGGUGAAUAAAACCCUCAAACACACACUUCCUGAGACUGAGAGGGGAGGGGUCAACGCAUAUCACACGGAUUCUGGUUGGUUGAUGCCAGAAGAAAUGGACCAGGAACUCCUAGAAGAGGAACAAGAUGGUGUCUUUCGCCCAGAGGACGGUACACCAACUUUAGACAAGGGUUUUCCUCUCCAAAAUAAGACUUUACCAGUCUUACAGGUGUCCGUUUCUGCUGUAGAGUCUGCUGUAGAGUCUGCUGUAGAGUCUGCUGUAGAGUCUGCUGUAGAGUCUGCUGUAGAGUCUGCUGUAGAGUCUGCUGUAGAGUCUGCUGUAGAGUCUGCUGUAGAGUCUGCUGUAGAGUCUGCUGUAGAGUCUGCUGUAGAGUCUGCUGUAGAGUCUGCUGUAGAGUCUGAAGGUGCACAAAAGGAGGUUCUCUCUACUUUACAGGAGGCUGUAUUUGCCCGAGAAAAUACUUUUUCUGCUCCGCAAGUAGCCAUUUCUCUCCUAGAGAAGAUUUCACGUCCCUUACAUGUGGCCGUUUCUGCCUCAACUAAGGCUGCCUUAGUGGAGGUUGUCCCUACCUUCGAGGACACAGUGUCUCUCUUAAAGGCUCUGACGGCCCCAGGGGAAGUUACACAAUCACGUCAGAAGGUACACCCUCCCUUACAAAGGACUGUCAAGGUUGCGUCUGCGCCAGAGGAGGUUGCGUCUGCGCCAGAGGAGGUUGCGUCUGCGCCAGAGGAGGUUGCGUCUGCGCCAGAGGAGGUUGCGUCUGCGCCAGAGGAGGUUGCGUCUGCGCCAGAGGAGGUUGCGUCUGCGCCAGAGGAGGUUGCGUCUGCGCCAGAGGAGGUUGCGUCUGCGCCAGAGGAGGUUGCGUCUGCGCCAGAGGAGGUUGCGUCUGCGCCAGAGGAGGUUGCGUCUGCGCCAGAGGAGGUUGCGUCUGCGCCAGAGGAGGUUGCCAUGGCUCCACCUGCCAUGGAAGCUGUCCUGGUGUUGCAGGAUGCUCUGUCUGUCUUAGAGAAUGCUUCACCUGGCAUAAAGGAGGGUCUCUCUGUCUUAAAGAAAGAUGAGGAAGAGGAGUGUUUAAUCGAGGAGGAAGACGUGGCUAUACUUGUGGCUUUGGAUGAUGUCCCUGCCUCAGAAGAGGUUGAGAAGGCUCUACCUGCCUUGGUGGAGGCUGUCCCUGCCUCAGAAGAGGUUGAGAAGGCUCUACCUGCUUUAGAGAAAGAUGAGGAGGAGGUGGCUACACCUGCCUUGAUGGAUAAUGAGUGCGGACAGGAUGAUCUGUCUGUCUUUGACGAGGAAGAAUGCUCCCCAGAGGUGAUGUGUAGGCCCUGUAGUGUGGACCUCAGUCAGAGCAAAGUGCCUGUUGAAGUUCAUGAUGAUGAUGAUGAUGGUCCUAUCAAAGCUAGAAGAAGAGCUCAGAACACCCGGCAACUAAUUAGUAGCGAUGACGAGAUGACCGGCAAAACCAUGGAAACAGAAUGGGAAGGAAGCGUCACUGAGGAAGUGGAAGUCGUGCCAUCGCCGCCAAAAAAGAAAAUGGGCCGGCCGAGAAAGACUCCUAUUAUUAAAUACACGCAUGUAGUGGUGCCCAACUUUGACCCGGAAGUGAUCUCGACUGAGGAGUUGGUUCCGGUUCCCGGGCCUCACCUAUUCUGGAGGAAUGAGCAUAGUCUGUGUUGGCUGGACACCUUGCUGGUAGCGCUGGUCCACCUUCACACCCUGAGGGACAGACGGCCCACCAAGAGGCCCACUGUAGGUCAACCUGUCUGGGACCUGUGUGAGAGUUACAACCGGGCCUGUGGUCUCAUCACAGCCUACCAACACACUGGCGCAGACGGUGUUGUCAGAGUGCCCUCUGCGGUGUUACAGAGGGUCCAAACUGAGAUGCAAGCCAUCAGGAUGUCUAUCUUUAGACUGCUGGAGCCGCUACUGAAAUGUAAACUGGGUCAGAAUGAGACACCUGUGUUUGCCCUGCCCCUCCUCCUCAGGGCUGACUCCUGGGCAGAACCUCUCUUCCAGCAAGCUUAUGAGUGGCAGUUUGAGUGUAUCUCAACAACUUGUCAACAUGCCACCAACACCAAAUGUAAGAAGACCCUCACCACUUUCACCAAGGUGCUUUCUGAUUGGCACCCUCUCAACGCAGCCCACCAAUCACGUUGCAGCAAGUGUAAUAAGAGGAAGCAGACCAGGAUGUUGGUGCUGGAGAGGGUGUCUCCUGUGUUUGUGCUGCACUUUGUAGAAGGUCUUCCUGACAACGACCUCUGCGUGUACUCCUUCACCUUCCAGCAGCAGGAAUACUCCGUCACCACAGUCAUACAGUAUGACCAGCAACUCAAGCACUUUGUCACCUGGAUACGCAGAACUGACGGAUCGUGGUUGGAGUUUGACGAUCUGAAGCACCCUAACUGUGUCUCCCACACCCAGCUGGUGGUCCCUCCUAGAGAAAUCCAUGUUGUCUUCUGGGAGUUGAAGACCGACAGACCGGACAACCCACAGACACCCUGCUCUUCCCCUGUAUCCCUGACAAGCACUUUACUGAUACACAAAGAACUGCAGCAACCUCCCUUAGCCAAACUCUUUGUCAACAAUGAAUCUCAAGACAUCUCUCAGACGGUCUCUGAUGAUGCGGACACUGACAUGGACACCACCAUCACUGCUGGCUAUAUUGAUAACGAUAUGGACGCAACAUUAACGAAUAACGUUAACUCUCCCAUCGCCAUCGGUUCCACCAGUGUGCUUCAUGGCGUACCGGUUCAAUCCUGUUACCACAACCUCUCUCUCCCCCUCCUUCACAACGACACAGCCGUUGUCGAGGCACUGACUGUGUCUGACGAUACCGACAACGACAUCAUGGACACCACGGUAACCACCGGUAAAGCUGGUAACUCGUCUAUCAGUAGCACCACACUGCUUGACACCUUCGAGGGCCUCUCCCACGAUGACGUUGUCACCCUGACGCUCGUAGAGGUCAAAGUUGGCUCUGAUGGGAGGCCGUUGGACGACAACGAUGUCUCCCUGGCUCCCAGGCAAAAUGGAGACCUCAGUCCUCCUCUACCUGCUCCUACACCUGAGGCUGAGAACCCUGCAUCUGCCCAUGAAAUGCCCCCUGAAGAUGAAACGCCCCCUGAAACAGAUGUUGUCGUCAUCAAAAGGCCAUCGUCCACUGAUACUGCCAGUGGGUUUCUCCAUGACAGCAGUGACGGUCCUUCUGAGCCCGACUUUGAAAAGCCCACUCCUCCUAGUCCUCCCAGGCUCAGAAGGGGCAGAAGCACCAGCAAUAAAGCCAAAAUGAUGGCAUCCAACACUCCAGUUGCACCAGCAGCUAAGGUGGUCGCAACAACACCACCAAGAACAGCUACACCAAUGGCACUUCCUGGAAAGUGUGGUGGAAUAAUCCUGCCCUCAGUUGUAUCUAUGAUGUCACCGUCAUAUGUGGAACCCAGCACCCCAGCACCAGAGGCCCCUACUACUCCUUCUCCCCCGCCCCACUCCAAACCCGCUACUACCUCCACCUCUCUGCAGAGCAAACCCGGCCUUCCUCCACCCCCGGACCCCAACUCUCGCUGGUCAUACCUGCUUAGCCUCCACCCCACCUCCACCUCCAUCCCCAAUCCCCCAAGACCAACCAGUCACUUCAAACACUCAACACCCAACCGGUUCCAGCAGCUUUCACAUAGCUGGCAGACCCCAAGGAUGGCUCCCCCCAACCCAGACGACAGGUUGAAGAAGCCUCCGCCUCAACCCAAACCCAAACUAAGUAAGGUGGACAACGAGGCCCUGCCGGUGAAGGCUGCCGAGAUGUACGGAGGGUUCCAGGCCAGAAGCGGGAUCGUAAAUAUAAACAUGAACAGCCCCUCCAAGACUUCAUCUCCCACCCAGCUUCUCUCUCAAAGAACUGACCCUCAAAAUGGCGCCUGGAAGAUACCAAGUCAACCUCCUGCCCUCGUCUCGCGAAAACCCCUUAUCAACCACACCACUUCAGCAGUGCCUAUUGUGACCUCACUUCCUCCCUCUCCAGGAGUCACGGAGAUCCCUAACAUCUCUUCCUCCAGGAAACACAGCCCCGGCGGUCAGGUCAGUGAGACCGAUGCCCUCAGGUACAAGCUGCUGAAGAAGCUGAAAGCCAAGAAGAAGAAACUAGAGAAGCUGAAUCAGAUGCUGGGUUACCAGGGGGGUGCGGGAGGACGGGGGGAAGUAACCUGCCCAACAGACAUCACUGAUCGGAGUCCCUCCCACACCGUGAGCUCUAGUACCUCUGUCUACGACAGCCCCGCAUACGACCAGUUCUUUGCUGACCUUCUGUCGCCGGCGACGACCGCCAGCAACCUGUCGCCGACGACGACCGCCAGCAACCUGUCGCCGACGACGACCGCCAGCAACCUGUCGCCGGACAGCACGGGUUUGCUGGAGAUGCUGACCACCAAUGGGCAAGAAGGGGGCGGGGACUUGGCGUGUGGGGGAAAUGGUAUUUGUGGAGCGUCACAGGUGCUGACACCUGUGAUCUUGCAUCCGGCCAAUCACGGUGUAGUAGUGCCACAGCCUGGUCUAGCCGAGCCAAUCCCGACCUCUGGUGAGUACUUCCUGGAAGAGUUCAUAUCCGGGUCGGCCAAUCAGCAGACGGAGAUGGAGACUGAUACCCUUAGUGCUCUCGACCUGUUCUUUUAGGCACGUUAACUACAGGUCUAGGAUCUGCUAACAACUCUUACCCAACCCCUAAGCUUAAACGUUGGGGGGAAAUGCAAAGCUUACCUCAGAUCAGUGGCUAAGGCUACUUCUCAAAUGGCAUGCUAAUCCCUAUAUAGAGCCUCUGGUUUAAAGUAGCACCAUAGAGAUCCUAUUAAAUUAAACGAUUCUAAUGCCUAAUUAUAUGAGUAGUGCACUAUAAAGGGAGUAGUGUGCCAUUUUGGAUGCAUUCAGACAGUUUCUAGGAGAAACUGCAUGCUACUAUUCCUUUCAGUCGGGAGAGUGUGUGUGUGGCAUCAAUGGGUUGUUCUGUUCUGGGUAACAUGUGUUAAAUGAAGCGGAAUCAAACUGCCAUUUUAAAGAGAGAGUUCACCUAAAUUACAAAGUGACAUAUUGGUUUUCUUACCCUGGAAGCAGUGAAUGGACAAGGUACGAUGGCGAUCCAUGCUUUGGUUUAGUUUCCCUGGCAUUGUUUCCACGUGCUAACGUUUGUGGCACAAAUCCAAUUCAAGUCAUUGGACCCUUGUAUUAUUUUCUACACAUCCUGUUCAAAUCAUAUUUAAGUGACUUUGUUUAGAUUUACAAUGAAUUUUAGAUCAUUUUGGAUGGUUAGGACAGGAUGCAUGAAAAAUGCUAAUAUCGGUCCCUUGGAUGGGAUUUCUGAUACAAAUACUAAAACGUUAGCAUAUGGAAACAGUGCCAGGGAAAUUUAACCAAAGCAUGGAUUGCUGUCAUCCAUAGACCUGCUUACAGGGUAAGGAAACCAAUGCAUCAUUUUGUCAUUUGGGUGAACUGUCCCUGUACCUCUGGUAAGCACUUGGAUAUCGCUCAUGUUUUUUUUUUGUGGUUUAUCAAGAGUGUUGGAGUUGAACAUGGAGUAAUGUUAAUACUCACUGAGGGUUUGUCCUAAAUGACACCCUAUUCCCUACAUAGUGUCCUGCUUUUUGACUAGGGUCUAUAGGGAUCUGAUCAAAAGUAGUGUACUUUUUUUUAAAGGGAAUAAGGUGCCCAUUUGUGAUGGAGCCAUUGUACUUACAGGUUCUGAGGCUUUAAGGGAGGUUAAAAAUGGAGGUUGUUUCAGAGUAUUCUGGAACGUUAAUAGACCCAAUUAUUUGAUCCUGCUUUGUGGAAAAAAACUCCUGAAGACAACAUAUGCUGUUUUUGUUUGCUUUUUUAAAAUGUUUAGUUUGUCUGAAUUACUUGAAAACUAGUGGGAAAAAGCCUGACAUCUAGGAUAAAAAAUAUGUUUGUGUUUUAAAGGGUGGUUCGAACUCUUAUCUUUUGAAUGUAUUUUUUGUAAUAAAAAACUGUGACAGAGUUCUAAAAUGCUGUACUGAAUCAGAUACUGUAUGUAAUUCUAAUAAAAUAUUCUUUACAUGGAUA